GUCUGUCAGAAGAUGACUCCUCUCGUGAUAUUGGCCCUCUUAGUCUGCCUUUCUGCUGUCAUUCCUGCCAGCCUGGUCGCUGCUCCAGUCUGUUCCCUGUUGGGCUACUAUGAGCCAGGAUUUCAGGCUGAUGGAGACUUCAUAAUUGGAGGGAUUUUCCCCCUACAAUACAACAUGGAGAUGCCAGAUAGGAACUUGACUUACAAACCUGGUGCAGUACAAUGUAAUGGAUUUGACCCUAGAUCUUUCCGUUGGGCACAGACCAUGCGGUUGGCUGUUGAGGAGAUCAACCAGAGUCAGGACCUGUUGCCUAACUUCACUCUGGGAUACAAGAUCUACGACUCUUGUGCCUACCCUUUAACAGGACAAAGGGCAGCUCUAGCUGUUCUCAAUGGACCAGGUGAAGUUCAUGCUGCUGUUUGUUCCAGCGCAUCUCCUCUGUUGGCUCUGGUUGGGGAAUCUGGUUCUGCACAGUCUAUUGUUGUCUCCAGAACUCUGCAGCCUUUCAGAAUUCCAAUGAUCAGCUAUUUUUCAUCCUGUGCCUGUCUGAGCAAUAGGAGAGAGUACCCAACUUUCUUCCGAGUGAUCCCUAAUGAUGACUACCAAGUGAAAGCCAUUGCUCAACUUCUGCAGCGUUUUGGCUGGACAUGGAUUGGCGUGAUCAACGGUGACCAUGAAUAUGGUAGAUUUGCUCUGCAGGGUCUCCUGAGGGAGAUCAAAAAUACGAGUGUAUGCUUAGCCUACCACCAAAUGAUCCCCUUACUCUACAAUAGGAACAAAGCACUUGAAAUCAUCAAUGUAAUGAAGUACUCCACGGCAAGGGUAGUUGUUGUUUUUUCCGCUGAGGGAGAAAUGACCCCCUUUUUGAAAGACUACAUGGAACAAAACAUCACAGGGAUCCAGUGGAUUGCCAGUGAAGCCUGGGUAACUGCAUCAGUUUUCACAGGCAAUGAGUUCUACCCAUUUUUAGGAGGUACCAUUGGGUUUGCCAUCCGGCAGGGGCAGAUUCCAGGUCUCAGAGACUACCUGAUGAAUGUAAACCCAUGGAAGUACCCCAGUAACCCCUUGGUGCACGAGCUGUGGGGUGCUUUGUACGGUUGCUCUCUCUACCCCUCCAGUAGCAGGACCCAGGCCUCCUCCCAGCUGCCCCCCUGUUCAGGGCUGGAGCCCCUGCAGGAGCAGCACUCUGCCUACCUGAACACCUCCAGCCCUCGUAUUUCCUACAAUGUGUACAAAGCCGUGUACGCCAUCGCUCACUCCCUGCACAACCUCAUCAGCUGUAAGCCUGGGAAAGGGCCCUUCCACAACUCCUCAUGUGCUGAUGCUACAAACAUUCACCCAUGGCAGCUCCAGCACUAUCUUCAGGAGGUCUCCUUUACUAUUUCUGGAGAGGAGGUGAAUUUUGAUGCAAAUGGGGAUGCGAUUCCAUCAUAUGAUGUGAUCAACUGGCAAAGAGGUUCAGCUGGAAAUAUUGAGUUUGUCAAUGUGGGAAGGUUUGAUGGUGCAAUGGAGCCUGGGAAGGAGCUAUUCAUCCAGGAGGAGGCGAUUGUGUGGACAGGCCACCAGAGAGAGGUGUUGGUGUCUGUGUGCAGUGAGAGCUGUGCUCCAGGAAGCAGGAAGGCUGUCCGUCGUGGGGAGCCUCUGUGCUGCUUUGACUGUGUACCAUGUGACAGCGGGAAGAUUAGUAAUACGACAGAUUCAAUAGAUUGCACAUCUUGUCCUGAAGAUUACUGGUCCAAUGCAGCCAGAACUGAAUGCAUACCCAAAGCGAUGGAGUACCUCUCCCAUGAUGCAAUGGGACUGACCCUGACUGUAAUAGCUGUAGUGGGAGCCUGCCUCACCGUUGCUGUUUUGGCAGUAUUCCUCUACCACAGGAACACUCCGAUUGUAAAAGUCAACAACUCAGAGCUGAGCUUCUUCAUCCUGCUCUCUCUGACUCUGUGUUUCCUGUGUGCGCUGGUGUUCAUUGGAGAGCCUACAUCAUGGUCCUGCAUGCUGCGCCAUACUGCCUUCAGCAUCACUUUCUCACUCUGCAUCUCCUGUAUCCUGGGGAAGACUCUGGUGGUGCUGGCUGCCUUUACAGCCACCAGGCCUGGAAACAACCUCAUGAAAUGGCUGGGACCCAAACAACAGAGACUCAUCAUCUCAGCCUGCACCUUUAUACAAGUGAUAAUCUGUGCAGUGUGGCUAAUCACUGCUCCCCCUUUCCCAAACAAAAACAGUCAGUACCACCGGUCCAGAAUAAUCCUGGAGUGUAGUGUGGGUUCUGAACAGGCCUUCUGGUGUGUUCUGGGAUACAUUGGUCUCCUGGCUGCUCUGUGUUUUAUUCUGGCCUUUCUGGCCAGAAAACUGCCAGGCAAUUUUAAUGAGGCCAAAUACAUCACCUUCAGCAUGCUGAUCUUCUGUGCAGUGUGGCUCGCCUUUGUACCAGCUUAUGUCAGCUCACCAGGAAAGUUCACUGUAGCUGUGGAGAUAUUUGCAAUUCUAGCAUCUAGUUUUGGCCUACUGCUGUGCUUAUUUACUCCAAAAUGUUACAUAAUUUUACUGAAACCACAAAAAAAUACCAAACAGCAUCUGAUGGGAAAGGAUAGAUAGUCACCAAUUUAAAAUAAUUAAAAAUGUAGUUUUUUAUUGUCAAUAAAAACCAUGUCUGCAAGGUAUGCUUGAGAUUAAAUAAUAUAACGUGGAAUAUACAAGAAUGUACACAUUUUUCAUUUUUAUUUUAGUAUUGCAUGGUGUUCAAACAAUAAACAACACAAACACAAAUCUUAUGGUCCUUCCAAUUAUUAGAUUUUUUUAUUGUAUUCUAACCAGUAAUACACAGUGUAAUAAGCAGCCCCAAUCUUGCUUAAUUUGAAAUAAAAGCAGUUGUACUUAAAAAAUCAGCUGUACUUAAAACUUCCACCCUUCAUCCAACUGUUGGAUUCCUAUGAGAUAUACAAGUGAUCAUUUCCGGUCUAAUAAAAAUGCAAGAUGUAUAGAAACAAAUCACCGAAGUUCAUGUAUGAGAGUUCUUUAGUCCUACAUUUUACAUUUAUUUAGCCUUAAUGUAAAAAAAUUGAAAAAGACCCACAGUAUCUUGAUUGUUAAAACUGUGAGUGCACUUGUUUACACGUGAGAUAAUUGGUUUUGGUUUUCAUCCAGGUUUCUAAUUAAAUACAUGUAUGAACAUGCUCCUGGGGAACACAAGGGUGAUGAAAUAAAAACAGUUUUUGAACAGUGUACUAUAAUG